CGCAUGGACCCCGAGAGGCGCAUGCGUAGAAAAUAUUUGACGUCACACGGAACAGAAUGCCUUUAUUGUCAUCAUACAGGAUGUACAAAAGGCAUUAAAAACCUUUGAUCUGCCUAACACUUAAAUAGAACCCAGACCUCUCAGGUGCUUCAAAGAUUUAUCGUGACAGAAAGAACAAAUAACCUCGAAAACGUAGCAAUUUACUACAUUUCUGCAAAAGCUGGAAAUAUAAUGGAAACCUUGGAUUCAUACAAACCAAAGGAGAUGUCAGGAGAAAAGGCAGCACUGGAUUGCUGGAAUUUUCAGGUGGACCUGAAAUACCUUGAGGAAAUCCUGUACCCCUGUCUGAGUACUGUUCCAUACAAAGCGUGGAUGUCUUUCGAUACCAAUGGCAGUGGAUCAGAACUUGUCGUUCUGCUGUUGGAAAUGUGCGACUUACUUAUAAAUACCGUUAGCAACUUGGUCCUGGAGAUUGUAGGGCCUCUGGCUUUUACCUCGGGCAACGAUCAUUCAUGUGGCGAUAAUGUAACUGUGCAGGGUGGGUGCAGUCAUUUCAAAGUGAUGGAGAAGAAUAUCGAGGCCUGCUUUGGAAGCAGCCUUAAUCAGUAUUUUGUUGAAUCCCUGGACAUAGCAGAGGGAAGCUGCGACACCUUGGAUGAAUUAGUGAGACUGUUUUCAGCAGAGAUUACUAAAAAAGUAAACUCAGCACUGGCUGAAGUCACAGGGUCAACUCUUUCCCUGAACACAUGUGACUCGCUGAAAGCAGAAUCUACUUUACAAAUUGUGGGUACCAUAGGAAAACUGUUUAAAGAUGUGUAUAAAGUACGUGUUGAGUCAUGUGACGAGCUGGUAUGCCCGCGCUGUAACUCCCAGAAGUGUUGCUGUUUUGACUCUGAGGAUGCUGAAAACGUUGAGGAGGACAGCACAGAAAUCUCAGAAACAAGUAACCGCAGAUCAGAGAUGUUAGAACUCCUGGAUGAUUUGAAUCCUGAGAAAGAGCCACAGCUUUCUGAUUGCUCAGAGUCAAAUGAUGUCAUAAGUACCCACGCGAUAGGUACUUUUUCAUCAUGUCCGCCACAUCCUGAGCACCUAAGGAACAAGACCUAUCUCACUGUGAUUCUUGCAAAGUUAGUUGACCACAUUGCUACUAAAACCAGAACAUCCUUAGAAAUUGUGGAUCUCGAUCAGUUAGUGUACAGUGUAACAGAGUUGGCUGAGGGCCUGCUGGAUUUUACUGCCCUACAAAGUAUUGACAGCCUGCACAUCUCUGUUAACAAAAGUCUGUGCCAGAAAUUUAGAUCCAAAUAUGUGCUGCAGGCUGCAAUGGAAUCAGAUGAUGAAGCAUUUGAUUUAGCUGUUUCAGUGACUUUAAUAUCACAGCUCGAAAAGUACAAGGCCUCUAAGAAAAGAUGGAAUGCUUUCAAUCCCGAGAACCUUUCUGUUGUGUUUGAGAGUCCAACACUAAAACCUCACAGAGAAGAAAGCAGUGGAAAAGGUUCUCCUGUGUUUGAGAGUCCAACACCAGAACCUCACAGAGAAGAAAGGAGCAAACAAACAAAGCCCUCACCUCCAAAAAGAUCACUGUGCAGAACCCUCAGGAAGAAGUUUUCACGUUGGGCUUCUAAUGUUGUGAAUUUUUUUAAGAGGUCUGGACAGUGAAAUUCAGACUUGACUUUACAGCC